AUGUUUACAUCUCUAUUAUCUCUUCUUUUGUUCGGCGCAUAUGUUGUUGCUGCGCCGCAUUCAGUUACUGAAUCCAGAGAAGUCAAUGGCAGUGGAUUUUAUUCUCACAUAGAUUCUGAGAGGUUUGUUGUCGCUGCUAUCAAAGCAGAACCGUAUGAAAAUUCGGAGGAAGGGCCUUUUCAAAGUAACUGGGAUAUUGCCUAUUCUACGGAGAAGGCCGUGAGAAUUAUCAAAAAGGCAGCCAACGAUGGCUUUAACCUCUUAACCUUCCCAUAA